AUGAAGCUUUCGAUGCUCGUCGCUCUUUCCCUGGCCUGCGCCGCCAGCUCUUCUCCCAUCUCGAACGAUCUUUCCAAGCGUCUGAUGUUCGAGUCGGGUCACCAAGCCGCAUCAGCCGAUGCACACGGUGGGACCACACACACGUUUCAAACCAACACUCCCGUCGUAAGCGGCUCUGGCAAUUCCAUCACUACGGGUGGAACGCAGUCGGCCCAAGCAGAUGCCAGCGGUGGCAAAGUGGAUCAAGCGCUCGAGCAGGUCGAAAAGUUCUUUGGCCUAUCCAAGCGCGAGCCACUACUUGGCGAAGCGGUAGAGAUGGCUCAAAGCGUCAAAAACGCCUUGCACUUGGAAACUCAUCCUGGUCGUGCAAGUGCAGGUGUGGGAUUCAAGUUCCCGCCCGAAAAACGACUGGUUUCGAGUGAAGGAGGUGUGGAUCCGGUCGAGAUGUUUGCCAAAGCCAUCGAUACGCUGGUAAGGCCGUUGCAGGGUUUCGAACCCGGAUUCAUGAAGCGUCUUCUCUCCCAUGCCGAGGAGAAUGCACAUGCAGACGCAGACGCUGGCGAAGGGCUCGAAUGCCAAGCCAAUGCACCGGUUGUUAGCGGUAGUGGAAACUCGGUUACUGUGGCAGGAGGACAGAUGGACCAUGCUGAUGCACAGGGUGGAAGCAUCCAACAGGAGAUCAAACAGUCGCUCGGUUUGCGUCGUCGCCACCACCAAUCCCGUACCCACGACAAUGUCAACUAA